AUGCAGGCGAACGGAGAUGGCCCAGACGAAGCAGCGCUCCCUCAACAGCAGAGCCUGCCCGGGCUCUCCGGGCCGCGCCUGCGCUCCCCGCGGGAGGACGGGCCGCGCCUGCGCUGCCGCCGCGGCCGGGCCGGGCCGGGGCCGUGUUCGGCCGGGCAGCCGCCCGCCUCAGCCAUGUCCGGCGGGCCGCGCCGCCCGGGAGCGGCGGAGCCGGACGGGCCGCGCAGUUCUGUGCAACAUCCACACUGCUGGCAUCAAGAGCAGGACCAUAGAAGCUGCAAUGAUUCCGAUUCUCUGGUGGUUGAAGAAUAUCAAUGUGGCCAUUCUGACCACUGGCUGGAGUGCUCUACAGCAUCAGAACAUUCCAGGCCUCUUUCCAGUUGCCCCAGCUGGGAGGGUAGAACUGAAGAAGGCAAGACAAUGAGAGCAUCACAUAAAAAAAUGACAAAUUCUGUUUCAAGCAACUCUACCAAUCCAGCUGAAAGGGAAACUGAUGAGGUGGUCCUGAGGAGAAGACAAAAACAGAUCAAUUUUGGCAAGAAUACCCUUGCAUAUGACAGAUAUAUUAAAGAAGUUCCAAAGAGCCAGCGACUUCCAGGAGUUCACCCUACAACUCCCAACAAGUUUAAGAAGUACAGCCGUAGGUCCUGGGACCAGCAGAUCAAGCUGUGGAAGAUAGCACUGCAUGCCUGGGAUCCUCCUGCUGAAGAAACCUGGGAUCUGCAGCCCGUUAGUACCGAAACUUCAGGUAGUUCUCAGGAAUGGUUGUGCAAAGAUGAGGAUGUUCCUGGCUCCUUUGUGUUUGAUGAAAAGCAGACAAGAAAUGAGUGUGGAGAUGAAUGCAGACAGACUGCCCACACACCUGAGAGUUCCUGUUCUCCCAAUUCUUCUCCAGUAUGGAAACGCAGAAGAAGAAACAAUUCUGACUCCUCUGUGGUUUCAGAGAGCAAAAACCAUUAUCUGCAGAUGUACCACACACUGGAAAGCCUUACUGACUCAGGACAUCAGGACGCUUUUUCAAAGUGCUCAGAGUGGGAAGCCUUUGGUGAAAAAGAUGAAGUAAUGACAGUACAACAAAGUAUAGAAAUAACAAGUUCUGUGCAACAUCCACACUGCUGGCAUCAAGAGCAGGACCAUAGAAGCUGCAAUGAUUCCGAUUCUCUGGUGGUUGAAGAAUAUCAAUGUGGCCAUUCUGACCACUGGCUGGAGUGCUCUACAGCAUCAGAACAUUCCAGGCCUCUUUCCAGUUGCCCCAGCUGGGAGGGUAGAACUGAAGAAGGCAAGACAAUGAGAGCAUCACAUAAAAAAAUGACAAAUUCUGUUUCAAGCAACUCUACCAAUCCAGCUGAAAGGGAAACUGAUGAGGUGGUCCUGAGGAGAAGACAAAAACAGAUCAAUUUUGGCAAGAAUACCCUUGCAUAUGACAGAUAUAUUAAAGAAGUUCCAAAGAGCCAGCGACUUCCAGGAGUUCACCCUACAACUCCCAACAAGUUUAAGAAGUACAGCCGUAGGUCCUGGGACCAGCAGAUCAAGCUGUGGAAGAUAGCACUGCAUGCCUGGGAUCCUCCUGCUGAAGAAACCUGGGAUCUGCAGCCCGUUAGUACCGAAACUUCAGGUAGUUCUCAGGAAUGGUUGUGCAAAGAUGAGGAUGUUCCUGGCUCCUUUGUGUUUGAUGAAAAGCAGACAAGAAAUGAGUGUGGAGAUGAAUGCAGACAGACUGCCUACACACCUGAGAGGUAUGAGAGCAAACUUCUGUGCUUAGCUUAG